ACUAACAUAAAAUUGAGUACAUGGUCAAAUAAUGGAUAAUAGAAUUCAAGCAAAACUUAAGCAGGGAUGAAGGAGUGGAGAAGUAUAUAACAGAAAUAGAUAUAUGGGCAGCCCAAAUAUUUUCCCCAAACCACCUGUUCAUAUAUGCUACUAUUUCUUUCUUAACUUGCCAAAUGCCAACAAAUAUAAAAUGCAAACGAAAAUCCGAAUCUUAAAUAAUUAUUAAUUUCCUCAUAUAAACCUAAUUUAUAGGAACAAUAUAAAUGCUUGAAAUAUAGGAAAUAAACCAAACCGCCAGUGAGACCAAAGUAAUAGUACGUCGUCGUUUAAUCCAUGUAGUUGAAUCCAUCCGGUGAGAGAAGACUUUGUAUGCUUGCGAUUGUUAUAGAUGAGGAGGAGAUUGACCGCUAACAUAUCUAACAUCAUUAUUGUCUUUUGUGAUUUUAUUCCUUUUGCAAUUGGAACACUUGCCACCUACUCCUUUUUAAGUUCCUCAAUUCGGCAUGCACUCAUCCCACAAGCACUCGGUGAGGAAGUAUUCGAGUUUCUGGAAUUUUAGUGAACAUGGAGAAAAAUAACAACAUAACCUGCAAAAUCUGCAAUAAGUGUUUCUCCACCGGAAAAGCCAUAGGGGGCCACAUGAGAUCUCACUUGGUCAAAUUGCCAAUACCUCCCAAGCCUGACCCAGAGAAUCAAGCACUUGACAACUUUAUCAAGUUAACCAACCAUGCAAUUCAAGUUCCUUCCUCAAUGAAUUUCCAUCCCGAAAUGAAACCAGCACAAAAUCUUCAAUCUCCGAAAUACAGCUUCUCAGCCUUUUUUUCAAAAGUAAACAAAGAAAAUAGAUUUCUGCCAUACCCUAAAAACCCAACCCGCAAAAGAUCCAAAUGUCGCCGACAAUUUAUUAAAGCAGUUGAGAAAAGAUCUGGGCCAAAACAGGAGAGUUCAAAAUCUGAAACCCCUCGUGCAAAAGAAGCAGCUAGGUCCUUGAUAUUGCUUUCCAAAGAUAAUUGGCCAGCAAGCAAAGAGAUCAAGACGCAAGAGAUGGAGGGAGCCAACCAAAUGUUUACAAAAGAUAAUGAAGAUGAUAAAGAUGCCUUACUUGUUCAGACUCCCCCUCAAGUUAAGUUCAGGUGUUUAGAUAACAAACCGGUCGAAUGCCCAUGGUGCUCCAAGAUGUUCAAAUCUAAACAAGCACUCGGCGGGCACAAAAAGGUACACUUAAACAACCCUAAGGUUGCUAAUGCUCACAAUAAAUUUGUGGACAAGUCGCUAGACCUUAAUUUUCCAGCUUUUAGAGAUGAUGAAGAUGUUGGCCAAAUCAAUUUUCCAACCGUGGCCAAUAGAAAAUAAUUAUCUAACCUUCAUGACUAAGCAAACGAGAAAAAGAAAUUACAAAGUUAGUUUGUGAUUCUGUACAUUAUUCUACACUAUGUGUUUAGUUCUCAAUGUUAAGAAUUUAUAUGCUUUAGAUCAUUGUAAUAAUUUGAGAUUAAGUGUUGUAGUUGCUAGUGGUUUCUAUGCUUUAUAAAGAGAGAACUUUAUUUUGAUAUCCAAUUAAGUGCUGUAGUUGCUAGCGGUUUCUAUCUUCCUUGUCUGUUAGCUCUUGCUGUUUGGCCUGCUAUUUGUCAUAAUUUCACAUGGACCAAAAUAUGUAUGUUUUCUCAUGUUUGGAUACUUGAGAUUUAGUUCAAACUUUGUUGGCUCCCACUAUGGAUCUUUGCAUAGUUGCUGAAACUGUAGAAACCCUAGAAUCUUUGGCUUCACUAGGGUACACGAAUAGCACAGGAAAAGGGAAAAUGGAAUUUUUCAUAUUAUUCUAUGACUUAUACCAGCACAAUGCACGUAUGUUACUCCCCAAGCUUUGACUUAGCCUAUAGGACUGUUGUGUUAUAUGAAAAAUUUGUAAAAUAUACAUCAUAUGUAACUCACACAAUAAGAACAACAAACAAAUUUCUUUUUUAAUUAUCAUAGGCAGGGGGUUUUGAUUAAAAAAACAUGUUCAAAUUUCUUAAAAUCUUAGAAGAAAACAUUAUAUGUUGAACCAUAAAAGAAAAAAUGCCAAUGUUGAUAAUCUGAUAACUACAACUAGUUUCAAGGAUUCUACAAAAAGAAAGACAACCUUGAUGAAUUAAGCACCUUUUAAAAAUUUGAUAGCAUUUUAGUUCUGGUAGGUUGUUUGCAAUUGAAGAUACUGCUACCAAAAAGCAACAUCUAAUUUAAACACCUGAAAACCACUGAUUUUGAGGCUGAGAGGGGGGAAAAAGAGAAGUCCAAUCUAUCACUAAAGUUUAGAUAUGCUACUAUUGUUUUAUCUCCGAGAAUUGUGAAGGCUGUGAAUGCAUGGUAACCUCUAUACGGCCCAUGUAAAUUAGAAAAAGAAAAAGACAACAAAACUGUACACAAGACAAAUAACCAAAAUGAGGAAAUGCGAAGCCUAAGUGACAGAGAAAGUUGAAUGGUGUCAUAUAGGAAACUUUUAUAAUGUAUAUGGAUACAACCAAAACUCAAGUGUAUGGCAUUAAAGAUGCACUACAAGAGUUCUUAGACAUAGUACCCAAAAUUAUGAAUAUAGAUAUACUUUCUUUUAACUAGACCCUUGUUUGCUUCAAAAUCUUAUGGAUAACAAAAAUAUUUCAAGAGCAUAAGUGGAUGUAGAUUUUAAGCACCGAGAAAAUCAUUCAAAUUCUCUCACUAAAACACUUAAGACACAUUCACAAGCAUAUACAUAUGAAACAUAGAUCCCCCAAUUUGUGAUCUUUUAAAUCAUAAGUUGUCUCAGGAUAUGAAUAAUGAAGUGUAAGACUUCCAACUAGAUGAGCCAUUGCCUCCUAAAACUAUAAUCAACAAAUAUCAGGAAUAAAUGCCUCUAUUGCCCUUUCACGCUAAAGUACCAAAAUUUAAUCCA